UCCGACCGUUCAGCGUAUUCAAACAUCGCUCUCUCCCUCACGCAUCCCGACGAAAAGGCAACCAGAACCGGUGGGAGCACGCGUUCACACCCCGACACUGUUAAAACAUGAACACAAAACAUAUCACCGUGGGGAAUGACUUUGGGAACCCUUUACGAAAAUUCAAACUCGUCUUUCUUGGAGAGCAAAGCGUGGGGAAGACGUCUCUGAUCACGCGGUUCAUGUAUGACAGCUUUGACAACACAUAUCAGGCGACAAUUGGAAUUGACUUUCUGUCAAAGACCAUGUACUUGGAGGACCGAACGGUGCGGUUGCAGCUGUGGGACACGGCCGGCCAGGAGCGCUUCAGGAGCCUCAUCCCCAGCUACAUACGAGACUCCACCGUGGCAGUCGUGGUCUACGACAUCACAAAUGUGAACUCGUUCCAGCAGACCUCCAAAUGGAUCGACGACGUGCGGACAGAGAGGGGGAGCGACGUCAUCAUCAUGCUUGUGGGCAACAAGACAGACCUGGCAGACAAGAGGCAAAUCACGAUUGAAGAGGGCGAACAGCGAGCCAAGGAGCUGAGCGUGAUGUUCAUCGAGACCAGCGCCAAGACGGGCUACAAUGUCAAACAGCUCUUUCGGCGUGUGGCUGCUGCUUUGCCAGGGAUGGACAGCAUGCAAGACAUGAGCAAAGAAGGCAUGAUUGACAUCAAGCUGGACAAACCGCAGGAGCCACCGACCACUGAGGGCGGCUGUUCCUGUUAAUAUCAAAAUCCUGAUUGGGCAGCUUCAUUUACACCACAUGCUUGUUGUGUUGCUUCCUAUUGGUUAGCCUCCAGUUGAGUUUUCAGAUUGGAUAUUUGGCUUUCACAUCUGACUAUUGGUCAUUGGUUGGAACUAGUGUUGCAUCAAUUUCAGUUGUAAAAUAGUGUACUUUAAUAAUGAAAUUGCCAAAAACGUCUUAAAAAUUCAAAAAGAAGGGGGAAAACGAAUGAAAAAAAAAAGAGUUAAGAAACUCCAAACCUGUAUACAUUUUUGAAGAACUAGGAUGGUAGUUCCUUUUUUCUUUUGGUUUUGUAUUUUUGUAUACUUAAGGAAAAGCACUAAGAAAAUGCAGACAAACAAGUACGCAACUUGCUAUAGAAUGAACUGUAUGGGAACAAACAGUCCACUAGCUAGAGGGCAAAGUAAUCUAUACUGACUGAAUAGCUAAAGCAUGCAUGUGAGCAGUUAUUUUAAUUUAAUUGUUGUUUUUUUUUUGUUUUUUUUUUUAAUCUAGGUGCUGUCUGCUGAUGUACACUGUUUGACUUUGUAAAGGCUUACUUACACCUGUGAUCUUAAGCACUAUGUUGAAAUGUACAUUUUCUUAAUUUUUUCCCCCUUGUUUCUUUGUUUUGUUGUUUUGGUCUGUGAUACGGCCUUGAAACCUGGAGAAUUUAUUUUGCUUCGUUUUCUUUUUUCUUUUUUUUUUUUAAGAAAUCGUUUAGUUUCUCUUCAUUUCCAGCAACAUAUGUGCAUCUGUAAAUGUACGCUAUCUAUGUAGACAACUGUAGAGUGACACUGUGUAGAGGGUGAACACCGCUCCUGAACUCUGUUGUCCAUAGCCACACUGUCCAGUGAUAGGGAGGGAUGUGUGUUUGAUCUGUUGUCCAUAGCCACACUGUCCAGUGAUAGGGAGGGAUGUGUGUUUGAUCUAAGAAGGUUUACUCUCUUAUUUGUGUCCACCAAUGUGCUGUACUUCACACAUCACACUCAUUUUGUUUUUGUUUUUUUUGCUCGGUCUCUGUGAGCUUUCCUUCCCUGCUGCUGCGCUGUGCUGUAUCGGUGUCGCUGUGCUUUUUUCUUUUUAAUCUAUCACACACGCACGUACACACACACACGCACACACACGUACACACACACACUUGCCCCUCAUGUGAUCGACAAAGGGCAAGUUCAGGCACAGUCCCCGAAACCUUUGCCUCAGCCGCCAGCCCAGUUCCCCACAGAAACUAAAGCAGGAUCAUUCAGUCAUCACAGACCAACGUAAACAGUAAUUGGUGUAAUGACUUCAUCCUGAACUGGGUUUACCUAAAUCAAAAUACCAUGGAAUGAAGAGGAGCCAGUUCAUAAGAAUCAGACUUAUGCUGGAAUUCUGUGCUGUAUUUAUCUCUGGAAAUGCCUGUCAUGCAAACGGGCCGGAGCUGUAACCUGCCCAAGUUCUGGUACCCCGAUUGAGGCACAGGUGAGAUGAUAGUCCAGUGAGCAGCAUCAUCACCCCCUCUUGAUCUCAAAUAUACUUCUUGUGAAUCUUAAUGCACUUUUUUGUAAAUGACAAGAGAAAAAAGUCAAGAGAGAGAUGGAGAGAAAAAGAUGAAACCAUAUUAAUGUUCCAACAUAAAUGUGUAAACUAUAGAGGUCUUGUAGUCCUACAUUCACCUAGAAAUAAUGAGCUGUAACAUUCUUACCUGUCUCUUAAGGAACAUGUCAAGGGUCCCUGUAAACUGAUUUGUGUGAUGACGUGCUUCAUAUUUCUGCCGUUGCCAGUGAAGAUUCCUUCCUGUGUUGAAAAAAAAAAAAAAAAUACAACAACAACAAUGAAUAGCUAAUAGAUAUUUUCAGUUCAGCCAAUGAGCCAAACAAUGGAUUGGGCUUACGCCUGGCUUUCUACGCAUACACUUCAGGGGAGGUUAUAGUUCUUCCCCACAAGCAUCCUUCUUUGUGGCGUACGUGUUUUCACUGGGUAGGUGGUAGGCUGAUUAUUGGGAAGCGUGGCUGAUUGACAGUGCACCUAGCAGAGGCAUUUUUUCCUGGUAAUGUUUCAUGUUUUUCCGUACAUAACAUGUGUCCUUUCUGUUUGGGUGUUAAUUAUUGCUUUGGUGGGUUCAUGAUGUGCAUCCUUCUUAAUUUACAGCCAGAGGGUGCAUUUUUCUGAAGAGCUUUUCAGCAUGACCGGCAAUGAUCCGAGAAGAGAGUUCCAGAGAAUUUCACGAAAAGAAUUAGGGAAUUGCAGGUUCAUUGUUAAACUACACAGGUAGAGGUGCUUAACUCCCAAAUUAAAUUCCAAUGCAAGUUUUUUUAAAAAAAGCAUCUAGUCUACUAUUAUUUUUGGUAUCAUUAAAAAAAAACAUAAACAAGUAUAGCAAUGCUCAGCAGUUCCAGAGAACUUUGUGAAAAGAAUGACUGAUAUGCAGGUUCAUUGUUAAAUCAUACACCUGAAAUUGUAAAAGAAAAAACCCAAACAACCUUGGAUUCCUCAGAAAGCUGUCACGAUGCCACUUUUGGCCCAGCCUUGUUUGUUUGUUUCUCUCCUUCACCCAGUUGAUUCUCUACUGGCCCACUUACAGCGAAAAGGCCACUGCUCUCUGUCUGUCUCGCUAGCAUUUCUGCCACUUGUUGCUUAUACGGGAUGGGGAAUAGAUGGGUGGAGAUAUGGGUAUUUAUUGAUUCAAUAAGUUGACAUUCAGUUUUGCACCUGAAGACAUCUGUACAAUAUUUUGUGUCUGUGUGUGCAAUUGCUUGUGUAUGCGAGCGUGUGUAUGUGUGUGUGUGUAUAUGUGUGCGUGUGUGUGACUUCGUCCAAAGUUGAGCACUCACCUGUCCUUUCCUUAGACGACACAUGAGAGUGACGAUUCCUCUCUCGCUCCUUUGUAAAAAAUGUUGAACUCACUGUUGUUAUUAUUUUUUUUCCCCUCUCCUUUUCCCACUAAGCCAAAAGUCAGUUGGGGUGUGGUGAGGGAUAAGUGUGCCCAGCUUGCUUGUGAGAGCCAUAGCAUGGCCUCAAGUGUGGGAACAGGACAACACUGGGCCAGUGACACCUCAUCUUGGGAAGAAAGUGUGUCGUCUGAACCUGUUGGAGAAGGGUGAGGCCAUCCCCAGUGUAUACAGUAUGUGUCAGCUCAGUGAAGCAGACCUGAUUGAUAGUUUUCAGAGCUGGCUCUUCAUCCACACUGUACAGAGAUCUAGCAUGUCUGUCCGAAUCGAUAAAAUCAAUAAAAUGUCUUAUUACCAA